CUCUUUUUUCUUCUGUUUCAUCUUCGUUUUUCACUUUCCGCUAAAUUUGGUUGCUGGUUUCUUCCAGAACAGAGAUCGAAUUUGUACUGUUUGCCGGUGGGUUUGAGACGCCAUGUAUCUUGAAGAGAUCUACUCCUCUAAACUUCUCCAAUCCCAGCAGCCCUUUGUACCCUCAUCUGUCCAGCAUUGAUUCCACUGCCACAUCAAUGAGAGUAACGUGGGUUAGUGGGGAUAAAAUGCCUCAACAAGUUCGUUACGACAAUGGAAGAUCUCAGACAUCUGAGGUUACCACUUUUACUCAAGAUCAGAUGUGCAGUUCUAUUCCAAAAAGUCCAGCCAUAGACUUUGGAUGGCAUGAUCCGGGAUAUGCCCAUUCAGCUGUCAUGACAGGACUCAAUCCUUCAACGACAUACACCUAUACCCUGGGAAGUGAUUCAAUUGGUUGGAGUAGCAACAUCACAUUCAAAACAGCACCUGCUGGAGGAUCAGAUGAGCUACGAUUUAUAAUAUUUGGUGAUAUGGGCAAAGCUCCUCGUGACAAUUCUAUAGAACACUACAUCCAGCCAGGAUCCUUGUCAGUGGUGGAUGCUAUGGAACGUGAGGUAUCAGCAGGGAAAGUAGAUUCCGUAUUCCACAUUGGUGACAUAAGCUACGCCACUGGGUUCUUAGUAGAAUGGGACUACUUCCUGCACCUCAUAACUCCAGUUGCUUCUCGUGUUUCUUACAUGACUGCAAUCGGGAACCAUGAGAGAGAUUAUAUAGGAACAGGAUCAGUUUACAAGACGCCAGAUUCAGGUGGCGAAUGUGGAAUACCAUACGAGACAUACUUUCAAAUGCCAACACAAGCCAAGGAUAAGCCUUGGUAUUCUAUAGAGCAAGGAAGUGUUCACUUUACUGUCAUUUCCACAGAGAAUGAUUUUUUUGUUAACUCAGAGCAGUAUGAAUGGAUGAAGAGGGACAUGGGUGCUAUAGAUCGUGAAAGAACGCCUUGGCUAAUAUUUGCAGGGCAUCGCCCCAUGUAUUCUUCCAUUUCUUCCAAUGAAACGCAGCUAAUUGAGAGCGUAGACAACAAUUUUGUUGAUGCAAUAGAGCCACUGCUGUUAGAGAACAAGGUUGAUAUCGCAUUGUGGGGUCAUGUUCAUAAGUAUGAGAGGACAUGUGCUGUUUAUGGAAAUCAGUGCAAAGCAAUGCCUGUAAAAGGUGGAAAUGGAGAAGACACUUAUAAUAACAACAGUGCACCUGUUCACGUGAUUAUUGGAAUGGCUGGGUAUAGUUUGGACCCCUCCCCCAGCAUUGCUGAAAAAUGGAGCUUGGUGAGAAUAUCUGAAUACGGAUAUGCAAGACUGCAUGCAACAAAGAAAGAUCUCAAAUUUGAGUUCGUCAAUGCAGCAACAGGGAUUGUAAGGGAUAGCUUCCGGAUCACCAAAGAUAUCAGAAAGUAGAGUCUAAUAGGAAAAAUAUCUGAAUGCAUUCAGACAUGAAUAUUGUAUGUGGCCAAAAGAAAAUACUGCCUUUAAU